GUACAUUUUAUAUUAUACUUAUAUAAUGUUUCACAUUGGGGCUUUCGGCGCGGCCGCGUCGCUUCGUGCCGCCGUGUCCCGAGUGGCGCCUUCACUAGGUCAGUGUAGGCCUAAAAUAGGUGUGCGCAGUAUAUCUACCAAUGCCGUUAGCGGACGUGAUGCAGUAUCUGGGUCUGAUGCCGGCGCCGUCAAGCUUUACGCGCCGUAUGUAAUCAAGGAAGUAAAACCACCUCAAGGUGGAAGUCCAAUAUACUGGAGCGCGCGUAGGAAACUAUUCAGAGUAAAGACUAAAAUCAUGCUUUACACACGACAACUGAGAUGGAACAUAUGCUACAUGCGUAUGGCAUUUGCCGGAGUACCGAAGCAUUCGUAUGACCCGAAGAUUAACCAAUGGGUCACUAUCAUGGACAACGAAGAAUGGGGAGGUAUUGGAGGCAGACUCUGGGUUGAUAUAUCGAAUUAUAUCAUGUUUAACUUCCUAUUGGCUUUCAUACUAUAUGCCUCGGUAUACCGACUUAUCGUAAACAACAAGCACAACGUCUUUGCCAAGUGGGCACGCGCCGAAGAGGAAGACGGUGAUGACGAAUAGAUCAUCUAGGUACUAAAAAACAUCUGUAAAAUUAAUAUUGUAGUCCCCCAUG